AUGAAGCUCCCCAACCUCAAACAGCCCCAUUAUAGCCUCCAUGGAACACGUUGGCAGCGGCUUCUCAUCGCCGUCAUCUUUCUCGCUACCAUCUACAGCACACGCUUCCCCUUUCACAUCUUCCACCAAUCAACCAUAUCGCCAAAACCCCACCAAGGACCUCUUCGUCACCUCCUAAUCCCGGCCUCUCAACCCGAUCCCAACCUUUGCAAAACCAUUCUCUCCUCCACACUCCUCCACUACCCAAUCCCCACAAUCAUCAACUGGGGCCAAACCUUCAACAACCAGAGCUUGGCAAACGGGGGCUCCCACAUCGCCAAACUCCAAGGCCUGUACUCCCAUCUCGCCGCACUCGGUCCCGACAAAGACGACGAACUAGUCCUCGUGGUAGACGGCUAUGACGUCUGGUUCCAACUCGACGCCCAGCUACUAGUGGAACGAUACCAUGCCGUGAACGCCCGCGCGGACGCUCGACUGACGCAGGAGAUUGGGGCGGAAAAUAUGCGAAAUCUAUCCGCGCAGCAAUCCGUAGUUUUCAGCUCGCAGAAACGCUGCUGGCCAGGCUCCCCCGCUGAUACUCAAUGUUACGCUGUCCCGCCCUCGCCGCUACCCACGGAUUUGUAUGGGGCGGAUACGGAUCAGGAUAUUGAUGAUGGGAGUGAGCGGUACCUUUACGCACGAUAUAGGCCGAGGUAUUUGAAUAGUGGGGUUGUGAUGGGGAAUGUGGGGGCUAUGAGGAGCAUGUUUGAACGGGCGGUCGCGGUGCAGAGGGAGGGAGAGAAGGAGGGCGAGAUUGUAGAGAGUGAUCAAGGGGUUUUCAGUCUGAUCUGGGGGAUGCAGGAGUUCCAGCGACGAGUUAUUGGAGAGCAGUGGGAGAUGGAGAAGGAAGAAGAGGGUCUGGGGGGGUGGAGGGAGUGGAAGGGCCGGUUUGUCGGUAAGGAAGGAGUAGAGAGCGAGAUGAUGGGGGCACCGACGGGUGUUCUUGGUAAGCAUCCAACGCAUAAGAAGCCGCGGUUGUGGGAUGAUAUGAAUUAUGAGUUCGGCAUUGGGUUGGAUUAUUGGAGCGAGCUUGGCCAGGCGACCGUCUUUGCGAAUCACGAUAUGGAAUGGGUGAGAUUCGCGGACAAGGAGAGGUUGCAAGAGUCAUGGGAGAGAAAGAACGUCAGUAAUCCUGGAGGCGAGGAAUUGGCAGACGAUAUUAAAGCACGGCUGAGGCCAUUCGCUAUUCUGAAUGAGGGCGUAGGGUUAGUCAAUUACACGGAGGAGCAAAGCAAGGAAGGAGGAAGAAAAGAGCCAGGCGGUGGCAAAGUUUGGAUAGCGGGGGGUAAAAAGAUGAAAGAGGUGACACCACAAACGGCUGGAUGGGAUGAUGUCAAGCUUUUCACGAACUUAUGGACGGGCGUUACCCCCGUCAUGAUCCAUCAUAACGCGCAUCACGGCGGAUUGAAGCAGAAUAGAGAGAGCAUGUGGGGAGCGAUCUGGUUUCAACGUUCUGCGAGGGUCUUGUUGCGGAAGAUUCUGCAACAAGGGAAGAUGGAGGGGGAGGAGAGGAUAGCGAAGGAGUAUGGGCAGAAGAAUCUCGUGCUUAAGACUGAUAAGAAGGGCACGCCUUGGGUCGGGUGGAAUGAUCUUUGUGAUGCGGAGAUGCAGGAGGAGGUUUUUAGGGACGGGAAGGGUGUUGAAAAGUUUCGCGGUGAUUGA